AUGUAUGAUUAUAAUUCACCACCGCCGGAUCAUUAUUCACCACCGCCUGAUCAUUAUUCACCACCGCCUGAUCAUUAUUCACCAAUGUCUGAUUAUAAUUCACCACCGCCUGAUCAUUAUUCACCACCGCCUGAUCAUUAUUCACCACCGCCUGAUCAUUAUUCACCAAUGUCUGAUUAUAAUUCACCACCGCCUGAUCAUUAUUCACCACCGCCUGAUCAUUAUUCACCACCGCCUGAUCAUUAUUCACCAAUGUCUGAUUAUAAUUCACCACAGCCUGAUCAUUAUUUACCACCGCCUGAUCAUUAUUCACCACCGCCUGAUCAUUAUUCACCAACGACUGAUCACUAUUCACCACAGCCUGAUAAUUUUUCACCAUCGCCUGAUCGUGAUUCAUCACCGCCUAAUCAUUAUUCACCACUGCCUGAUCAUGAUUCAACGCCGCCUGAUCAUUUGGAACAGGAUCCAUCUCAUCAUCUAUUGGAAUCGCAACUUUUCUAUUAUCAGCUUCAAGUUCACCACUACCUCUCUGUAAAAAAGAAAACCCAACUUACCAGUAAAUUGAAUAUUAUUUAUUUAACACAAAUUAUUAUACAGGGCGACGAGUGUAACAUGUAUGAACAUACUAUUCAUGAAAACAGAUAG